AUGGCCGCAUCCGAUGUGACAUCGAACUUUGGGAUACCAACGCCUCCGGCCAUGGAGUCCCCGUCGGACGUGAAAGGUUCAUUCUUUUCCGCCGCCGGUUCCAUGAUCAAGGGAAAAGGAGACGAGCUAGAGUUACCCGAGCCCUCGAUUCUCACCGCCCCACCAUCCGUUCACGACACCACCGACGGUUCCUCGGAACCAUCUUCUUCGCCUGGUGCCGAUGUUCCCGUUUCCGGUGGUGGAAAUGAUACUCUGGUUGACGCCAACGUUAAAUCCUCCCCUUCUUCCGCCAACGGUGCCAACUCGUCCAAGCGAAAGCGCAAGGGGAUUCCGUUUCGAUCUCCGGAUCGUGAGGACUUGGAACGUGAUCCUGGCAUGGUGUUUUGUUUUCCCGCGGUGUUUCAGGCCUCCAUCAACAACAACAACAACACCACCGAUGGAUCCUCAUCACCAUCACAACAAGAGUCACCUGCCACCACCAAUGGCGAUGCCCUUCAGAACAAGAACACCACCUCGCCAGCGGAACCUGACGUCACCAACACCAACACCACCCACAACUCCACGAGGUUUAACAAUGACACGCUGGCUGGUCCUUCCGCGGUCAUCAUUCAUCGUCCACUUUUACUUCCCGACAUCGUUCGAUCCAUCACCCAGGCGAGACGAUCAAAAAUGCGAUCCCGACCGGUGACCCGGGCAAAGAAUAAGCGAGAAAAUAUAGAAUUGGAAUUGCUGAGUUAUGGGUUGGAGGGCAUCAUCGACACAGAUAACGUUCGAAACUCGGAUGAUCCACUGAUGGGCUCGUCACGCCGCAGUGUGACAAACGCCGAUCAAAGAUACAUGUCUUCAUUCUCCAACUCGCAAAUUUCGCGAUCCUCCGCAUCCGGCGUCUCCGCGUCGGGCGACAAAAAAUUAGCUCGACCUUCGACCGGGAAUAACGGAAACCAUUCAUCAUCCUAUUAUCACGCAUCCAAAAAACGACGAACAUCUAUUUCGGUCUCUUCCCUGUCCUCCAUUCCGACAUCCGAAUUGAGCGACUACGAACUCAACUCCGACAAUUUUGGGGAUGACGAGGAUGACCCGGACUUUACUCUGCACGCGAAAAAACGUAAGACCGAGUAUGUGUCCUCCAAGGUGAAUCACGGUCCCCCAACCUCACACGCGUCUCACCGCCGUGAUUCGAACAAUAAGACAAAAAUCUGUGCAAGUUGUAGGACGAGAAGUACUCCUUGUUGGAGACCUGGUUGGCGCACUGACCUUUUCCUGUGUAACAGUUGUGGGCUAAGGUUCGAAAUCUAUUACAUUAUUAUUUUCACUUCUCCCUAUAUGAUGGUACAAGAAGACGAAAUGUGUGUGCACGAAUCCAGAGUGUCGAUACAUUCCGCUCAAAUCAGAAUACAACGCGAUGUUCAAAAAACCAAAGAAUGGCGAUUCACCGGACCUGAAGCGUUGUUGCAACUGAUUUUGGCGCGCCCCUCCCUAUAUGGUUAA